AUGUUCGGAAAAUUUGGAAAUAUGUUCGGAAUGAAGAAGUCUGAUCCCCCUGAUCCAGAUCGUCAAAAACUUUAUGAGGAAGAUUUCGAUGCUGAACCAGGUGCUGUUCGACGAGGAAGAAAGGUUGUUUAUAAGGAUUACUCACCAUACUGUGGAGAUAAACCUCUUCGGUUGCAGGAGAAAAUUAAAUUGAAAAUUAAUCGGAAUUUAAUGGAGAUGAAAUAUUUGGAUUCGAAAAACUAUAAGGAUGGAUCGAUAUUUGGUUUAAGAGCUGGUGUGCGUGAGGUUAUCAAGUCUUGUUAUGGAAAUGAGAAUAUUGAUCCGAAUUUCAUUGACUCAGAACUGGAAGCUAUGGAAAAUGCGAUUAAAAGCGGGCAGACUAUUGAUUCCAAGUUUCAUUUUUUUCCUGAUGAGAAUUGCAAAACAAUAAAUGAGUUAGUAAAGGAAAGGGGAUUUGUGCUGAUCCAAGCUACAUCGGAUAUGGUGGAAGGGUAUAACUCGUCAAUUUUAGCGAGUGAAGAGGUGAAUCCAGGGACUGUUCAAACUGGGAAUGACGUGAGCAAAGAGAAGGGUAUUUUUGGGAUUAAUCCUAUGAGCUCUGUGCCUAAUGCUACAUUGCCUCCUACUUUUGUGAAGUCAGAUGUAUUCCCUGGUUCAGAUUCAAUCCUUAUGAAUUCACGUAAAUUUCCAAAUAUUUCCCCUGUGAUUGCGAGUUCUGUGGAUAGUUCUUUGAAUGAUGCUGUUAUGAAUGAUUCUAAUAUUGAGGGUUCCAAUUUGAAUGAUGAGAAUGAAAAUAUAUCAAACAUACAACAGGGAGAUAAAUCUAUGAAUAAGGAUAUGAAUCUAAAAACAGAACAGGGGAGUAAUUUUUUGAAUUUGAAAUGGGAUAAAGAUCCAAAGAUUGUGGAUAGUUCUUUGAAUCCAAGUUUGUCUACAGCAGCUAAAUUGGUUAGUGAAUAUAACAAGAAGUCUUAUGCUAGAAUGGUUGAUUCUUCUAAUAGUGUGGUUGACCUUAACAUCAAAGUAAUCCCUAAAGCUGAUGGGAAACCUAUUGGUAAAGUUGAAUUACCAUACGCGGAUUUGAUGUUAGGAGGAGCUCCAUAUCAUGCUACUCUCUAUGGUUUUUUUGUGGGUAAGAAAUUAGCUUUUCUUACUGUUAACCAUUUUACUUUCAAGAUGUGGAAGGCCUUUGGUUUGAAGGACAUAAUGGUGAAUGAUGAAGGAUUCUUUUUCUUUAAAUUUGAAUCUAAGGAAGGCAUGACAAGUGUUCUGGAAGGAGGGCCAUGGCUCAUCAAUAAUGUGCCUUUAUUCAUUCAAAGAUGGAGGCCUGGGCUAGUUUUAAGCAAACCACAAAUUAGUUCAGUGCCGGUUUGGGUUAAAGUUUUUAAUGUUCCCCUGGAGUAUUAG